UUUGACCAGGAAAGGAGCACCGGCCGGCAGGGUCUUCUGGUAGUGGGAGCACCACCUCCGCACAGGCACCUCGCACCAGUGGAGUCUGGUCUUUGCAGCCCCUAACUGUCUCUUCCCCCCGAAAGUGAGACCCCUCGUCUCUUGGAGGUUCUUGCCCUCACGGCGUCGUCGUCGUUUCUAUUGCUGAUUACUUUUUUCUUACUAUAAGCUGAGGGGGACGUGAGAAGUCCUGACAGAGGCGGCACGAUGACAGCUGUCGAAACCCAUAUCACAUACAGCAACUCCUACACGAUCCAACAUGAAGAGGCGUACAUGACCCAAGAGGAUGACUGGGACAGGGACCUGCUGCUUGACCCAGCCUGGGAGAAGCAGCAGAGGAAGACCUUCACAGCUUGGUGUAACUCCCACUUGAGGAAGGCCGGGACACAGAUUGAGAACAUUGAAGAGGAUUUCAGAAAUGGCCUCAAACUUAUGCUGCUGCUGGAGGUCAUAUCAGGCGAGAGGCUGCCCAAACCCGACAAAGGCAAGAUGCGUUUCCACAAGAUCGCCAACGUGAAUAAAGCCUUGGACUUCAUCUGCAGCAAGGGGGUCAAGCUGGUGUCUAUUGGUGCUGAGGAAAUUGUUGACGGUAACGUGAAGAUGACCCUUGGUAUGAUCUGGACCAUCAUCCUGCGCUUCGCCAUCCAGGACAUCUCUGUUGAAGAGACCUCUGCUAAGGAGGGUCUGCUGCUUUGGUGCCAGAGGAAGACUGCCCCCUACAGGAACGUCAAUGUGCAGAACUUCCACAUCAGUUGGAAGGAUGGCCUGGCUCUGUGUGCCCUCAUCCACAGACACAGACCUGACCUCAUUGACUACUCCAAACUGAGAAAGGAUGACCCCAUCGGUAACCUCAACACUGCCUUCGAGGUAGCGGAGAAGUACCUGGACAUCCCAAAGAUGCUUGACGCUGAAGAUAUUGUGAACACACCCAAACCUGAUGAGAAGGCCAUCAUGACCUACGUGUCCUGCUUCUAUCACGCCUUCGCCGGCGCUGAGCAGGCCGAGACAGCUGCCAACCGUAUCUGCAAGGUUCUGGCCGUCAACCAGGAGAAUGAGAAACUGAUGGAGGAGUACGAGAAGCUGGCCAGCGAGCUGCUGGAAUGGAUCCGCCGCACCAUCCCCUGGCUGGAGAACCGCGUGGCAGAGCAGACCAUGCGCUCCAUGCAGCAGAAGCUGGAAGAUUUCCGCGAUUACCGCCGCGUCCACAAGCCUCCCCGCGUCCAGGAGAAAUGCCAGCUCGAGAUCAACUUCAACACCCUGCAGACCAAGCUGAGGCUCAGCAACAGGCCUGCCUUCAUGCCCUCUGAGGGCAAGAUGGUGUCGGAUAUCGCCAACGCCUGGAAGGGUCUGGAGCAGGUGGAGAAGGGCUACGAGGAGUGGCUGCUGACUGAGAUCCGCCGCCUGGAGAGACUUGACCACCUGGCCGAGAAGUUCAAGCAGAAGUGUGCCAUGCACGAGUCCUGGACUGGAGGCAAGGAGGACCUGCUGGCCCAGAAGGACUAUGAGUCAGCCUCUCUGAUGGAGAUCAGAGCCCUGAUGAGGAAGCACGAGGCCUUCGAGAGCGACCUCGCCGCUCACCAGGACAGAGUGGAGCAGAUCGCCGCCAUCGCUCAGGAGCUGAAUGAGCUGGACUACCAUGAUGCUGCCACAGUCAACGCCCGCUGCCAGGGCAUCUGUGACCAGUGGGACAACCUGGGUACCCUCACCCAGAAGAGGAGGGAUGCACUGGAGCGUGUGGAGAAACUGUGGGAAACCAUUGACCAGCUGUACCUGGAGUUCGCCAAGAGGGCAGCGCCCUUCAACAACUGGAUGGACGGAGCCAUGGAGGACCUGCAGGACAUGUUCAUUGUCCACAGCAUUGAGGAGAUCCAGAGUCUGAUCACAGCUCACGACCAGUUCAAGGCCACUCUGCCCGAGGCCGACAAGGAGCGCAUGGCCACCAUGGGCAUCCACAACGAGAUCCUGAAGAUCGCCCAGACCUACGGCAUCAAGCUGUCCGGAAUCAACCCUUACACCAACCUCACCCCCCAGGACAUCAGCAAUAAGUGGGACACUGUGAAGCACCUGGUGCCCCUCAGAGACCAAAUGCUCCAGGAGGAGGUGGCCAGACAGCAGGCCAACGAGAGACUGAGGCGCCAGUUUGCUGCCCAGGCCAACAUCAUCGGACCCUGGAUUCAAACCAAGAUGGAGGAGAUCAGCCAUGUGUCCGUGGACAUCGCCGGCUCCCUGGAGGAACAGAUGAACCACCUGAAGCAGUACGAGCAGAACAUCAUCAACUACAAAUCCAACAUCGACAAGCUGGAGGGAGACCACCAGCUCAGCCAGGAGUCCCUCAUCUUCGACAACAAGCACACCAACUACACCAUGGAGCACAUCCGUGUGGGCUGGGAGCAGCUGCUCACCACCAUCGCCAGAACCAUCAACGAGGUGGAGAACCAGAUCCUGACCCGCGACGCCAAGG